AUGGUCCAGAAGAGAGCUCCCGAUCCCGAUCCAGAGCGAAUCGCCCAUCUCAACGGGCCAAAAACGCCCUCGCGGAAGGCGGGAAAUCGCGACCCGGACGAGGCUUGCACGAACACCUCCACGAUCCAUGCCAAUCCCCACCCAGCCCCGCCGUUCAUGUUCAUUCCGGUGACCAGUCCGGUUGAUACAUCGCGCUAG